ACCACCCGAACGCUCUAGCUAGCAACGGAUUAUGACCGACCCCUAACCCCCAUUGAUUAGCUUAUCCUUUUAUUGUUGUUUCCAGUAGAGGACUUCUACUCUUUAUAGGCCAUGCGAGUAUUUACUAUAGAGAUUUCAGAGUCUUUAUCCAUGUCGAAAGCAAAGCCGUACAACACAGAAAGCCAGUGAAGGCUAUUAUAUUUUGGAGUAGUCUAGGAAGGAUUAAAAUAGUUUUUUUCAGAGGCCUGUUGCUUUCAUAAUAUUUACAAGAAGUAUAUAGCACUGGAUGAGAGUAGUCUGUAUUGAAAUAUAAAACAGGAUAUAUUUUAACAUAUCAGGUCUUAAGAUUGUCAAGAUUUUUUUUGUAAGGACUUUGCCACAGAAUGGACAUGGACGUAUAAACUGCAGGUGAUCGGGAUCAUUAUCUCCGACUGUAAAAAUCUACAUUAUCUAGAUCACCAAUUGUAGAAGAAAAUUGCUUACUAACAGGAUGAAGAGUGUGCCUUUGACAUCCCGCGGGCCUGUAGAUGAUGACAACUUCCCAUGGGUGGAAUCACAGACUCGAAAUUACCAGAGCAAAGGCGAAAUCGGCAUGAGAGGUUUGAGACAUCAAGCCCCUCAUUCUUCGCCUCAUCGGAGAAGUCGAACCACAGGCAGCGUAGCAUCCUCUAACGUAUACGGCGACCGAGAAACUGUUGUUCUACCGAAGAUUGCCACUGGACGAAGUGCCAGGAGCGCCAAGAAGCUGUGGAAGGAUUACGAGAAUAUUAAGAUCAAAACUGUUAUACAAAAUGAGCUGGAGACACCGCGGAUACCGCCACUUUACGUGCCAAAGAACCCCAAACCUUUGUACAAACGACCAGUGGACGAAUGGAAACCUUUCGACAUACUGCACUUCCGAGAGUUUGCGGAGACGGGAGAGAUUGAACCUGAAGACGUCACAAAUUGCAACGAGUUCUAUUCUCAGAUCACAUUUUUGAGGAAUGCUGUGAGGAACGUCGAUGGGACAACAAGUUACCAGAAUCUUUGUAAAAAGCCUCGUAGCUGGAGCGAGCCCUCUGUCGUUGAUGACCAAUCAGGGUUAAUCGCAGGUAACCGCCUCCACUGGCAAUCUGCAGCCUCAUCUCUUCCACAUCCACGGAUGUUGCUACCACUCAAACCAGGACCUACCACUAAGUGGUACGCAUGGCGGGUUUCUGCACCUAAGGAGAAGCAAAAGUCAAAACGAAAUCAUCAAAUAGAUCACCACGUAGCUUUCUCAGAGGCUUUCAGUCCACGUGUUGCUCCUCAUCCUACACCUGCGUUCAAACCUCCGAAUGGCACACCGAGGUUACAGAACUCCAGAAAUCAACAAGUGCCUGGUGGAAUACCGUCAGAUCCCCAAAAGACUAGUACAACGAAAGAAGACAAGGUCGUAAAUGAAGGGAGUAGCAAAACUGUAGAACCUGCUGGAAUUACAUUCAUCACCGAAUCAAAAGAGGAGAACGUUGAUUCAGUCGGGCAAAGAGGAGACGGUGUCGUAGCGUCUCAGGAUACACCAAAGGACAAUACCGGAAAAGGGCAGGAGAGCAAGAAGGUAGAUGAACAGAAUGUGGUUCAGAAUGAAAAAUCAGUAGAUGUCAUCAAGGAGAGUGGGGAUGGGCCUAAGCAACAAGAAGACACUGAUGUGGAAACGAAGGAAGCGGAUGUGGACAACGGGGAUGUGAAAGCUUCUCAAGAGGAGGAACAGAGUGUAAGUGGUGAGAACAACGGUAAGCAAAGUCCAACUAACGAGGCUGAGAUUGCAGAGGAGGAGACAACUCAGGAUCAGGAGUUGAACGAGGGUGAUCCUGAAACAUCUCAAGACCCUGGAACAGAUAUUGGUGGGGCUGGUGACGAAGGACAAGUGGCGGAUAUCCCCGACGAAGUCGAUCCUGGUUCAGAGAAUGUCCUCCAGGAAGAUGGCGCACCUGACCUGAAGGAUGAUAUGGACGCUUCACAUGUGGAAGAAGGACAAGAAGCAAAUGAUCAACCUAAUGAGACAGAGGAAGUUCCAGAGGAUGCGGAAGGGGCACAAGCUGUUGACGACCCUGGAACAACUGCAGAUGAUCAAGACGGAGAGACUGGUGAAAGGCCUGAACAAUCUUCCGAAGACGAACAAAGUCCUGAAGAAACUUGAAGAGAGAAUUUUGAACAUCAUUUAUGAAAAUAAAGAUAGCAGGGAACAGCACUAAGAACUCAAGUUCUGGUAUCAAGCCAACCUUGAAUUGAUUAUCAAUCUAUUUAGAGCUGUUGUGUCUGGUAGUAUCAGAGCAAAUAUGUGUGAUUUAUAUUUCCAUGGAAAGAAAAAAGUAUCUAUUAUUUUAUAUUUGUGGUUUUUCAUAUAUUUGUGCAAUAUUUCAAGCUAUUCAAUGCUCUAAGAUUGUAUUUUAUAUCGUUUUAGAGAGGAUUUUUUGUUUUUACAUUUUCAAAUAUUAUUGAAAGAGACUGGACGUCAUUAUCAGUUCUUUAAUUUCAAUCUCCAUUUCUUUCGGUAACUGGAAUUUAUAUGCCAAACAAAUCGAUGAUAGAAGCGGAAUGUCGAACAAAACAGGGAAGAGUUGGACAAAAUCAACUAUUCCAGAAUGUGUUAAUUAGUCAGGGGAAUGCAACAAUUACACCAGCAAUAUCAACUGCAGUACGACCAAAUAUAUUACGUUUAUUACCAAUGAUAUACCAUGCAUCGGUCGGUUUGGAGUCGGUUUCGUUCAUGUGACUGUAACAACGGAGUUGAAGUACUGAGCCAGUGGAAACAAGAUUUUGGAAGAAUAGAGGGGGUAGUUUGAAAGUGAUAUCAUGCAAAUAUAAAAUUGGUCUGUAUACAUUUUGUGAAGAGAUUUAUUUUAAUAAAUGCGCUUGAAUGACGUACCCUCACGUA